CAUAGUUAGGGGGCAAUGCUGUGUGUAACUUUUGUUCUAAAACUGGUGGAGGAUUUUAGGACAAAAAUCACAAACUCUCAGAAUUAGUUGGAAAUUCAUUUGCAAAGUACUGAAUUUUCUGUGGCAGCUUGUCAGUGGUUUCCCUAUGGGAAUGGAGCAUGGUAUUUCGGGCAGAUGGGCAGUCUUUUAAAAAAGCCUACGCUGUAAUAACUAGUCUGGUAGGUCUGAGUACUAUAGGCGGACUGUGAGAAAAAGCUGGGAUUCGCCUGCUUCCUUUUUUGUUCAUGGACGUGGUGGAUGAAAAUGAGGCCUUGCAGCAGUUCUUUGCAGGGCAAGAUGUGCAUGGAGCUCUGGAGAAUGCAAUGAUGGACACACACAUGCUGGAAGAGUUCAUAGACUGUGACCUGGAGUUAUCUGGAAAACUGCAAAACAAGCUACUUGAUUCCCCACCAGAUUCAGGAUCAGAGCUAUAUUCACCACCACAAUCCAAAGGACUGGCUAAUAAGUGUCCUGGCUAUUUUUUGGAGGCUGCUUCUAGGAUGAACCUGAAUGGACAAGUCUGUCCUGCUUACCAGGACUGUACUCUGAAGACUGGAAAUGCCAUCACUUCCUGGGCUAAUUCUACAUCUGCAAACAGCCUUGGCUCACAUGGUGCCUCACUUAGAGCCCCUUUCAACCCUAGCCUUUCCUUGACAUCCAAAAAGAGGAAGCACUCUGAGAUGGUGGAGGACUCUCUAGAAUUUCUAACGUGGUCUGGAGAUGUUGGGCAAAUGCCCAUUAAAGAUUUUUCUUCUGACAUGCAAGAUUAUGACUGUGAUAAACAGAAUGUGGGGCCUGUUGAAAAAUGCUGUCAGUCCCUCACAUGGCAGCCAUAUCAAAGGUCUUCCUGGAGCAGCCUGUUUAAUCAUAGUUAUGAAAAACUCCCGGAUGUGGGAUAUCACAUUGUAACAAACAAAGGAUUUAAUUUUUCAUCAGUAGAUGAUGCUUUUGUCUGUCAGAAGAAAAACCAUUUUCAGAUUACAGUCUAUAUUCGGGUGGUUGGAAAUCCAGAAUUUGUCAAAACUCACUUGGGGUUGAAGCCUGUGGACAUGUUCCAUUUAAAAGCUUUUGGUAUAAAGGUGGAUGCUCCCAAUCAAGUAAUUAUUAUUGAACAAUCUCAGUCUGACCGAAGCAAAAAAACCCUUUCUCCUGUUAAACUCCGUUUACCAGGAGACCAGGUAACUAAGGUAACCAUGGCAAGAUUGCACUUUAGUGAAACAACAGCAAAUAAUAUGAGAAAGAAAGGAAAGCCUAAUCCUGAGCAAAGGAUAGGUGGACAGAGAAAGGUCAAGGAAGCAGGAAAGGUGAUGUGCAUCAUGGAAAACUGUGGGAGCAAAGCACUAGAGAAAAUGUACACCAAGAUUUAUGCUUUUGAUUUGAAUCUUUCUGACUUCCCUUUCAGUGGAAAUAUAGAGGAAAGGGAGAUAAAAUAUGGGGCCUCUAACCCUGGACAGUUUGAGAAUGACAGUGAUACAUUCUGGCAACGAGGGCAAGUUCCCGAAAUGGUUAUUUGUCAUGGACAAGUAGGGAUUAACACAGAUGCACCAGAUGAAGCUUUGGUUGUUUGCGGAAACAUGAAAGUUAUGGGAGCAGUCAUGCAUCCAUCUGACAGUCGAGCCAAACAAAAUAUCCAAGAGGUUGAUACGCAAGAGCAGCUGAGAAGAAUAGCGCAGAUGAGGUUGGUUGAAUAUGACUAUAAGCCUGAAUUUGCAUCUGCUGUGGGAAUUAACCAGAUCCACCAAACAGGAGUCAUUGCGCAGGAAGUGCAAGAAUUUUUACCCAGAGCUGUGAGAUCUGUUGGGAAUGUUAUAUGUGAAAAUGGAGAAAAAGUUGAUGAUUUCCUCAUGGUUGAUAAGGACCAAAUUUUUAUGGAGAAUGUGGGUGCUGUGAAGCAGCUCUGCAAAUUAACAAACAAUCUCGAAGUGAGGAUAGAAGAGUUGGAAAGGUGGAAUAAAACACUGGCCAGGUUGAAACAGACAAAUAGCUUUAAGUCUUCAACAACUGCUGAAAAGAACCCAAUGAGGAAAUUUAGCGAAGCUGGUUCUUGCUUACCAUCAAGAAAAUCAAUCCCUACAAAACCUAGCAAGGUGUGUUUUCCAGCAAAAAAAAAGUCAUGGUCCAGCUAUAGGAUAUUCCAGAUAACUGUUAUUGCAUUGGUUGCUGUGAUGGCCCUUUGCGUUAUGACUAUAUGCACCCUUUAUGUACUGAGCAUACCGGAACAAGACAUUGUCCAUUCUGGACCCAGCAUUUCAACAAGUCGGACAACAAUCUCUCCAUCCACCACUCUGCCAGUGACCAUCACCAGAUACAAUACAGUGCCUUCAAGUCCAAGACCAACCAACAUCAUCCCUGAAGUGAAUUUCUGUGACAUUUUACCUUGCCACAGAACACACUGCUGUCCAAAACACCAGGCAGAAAGAAAUGAACUGAGUUACUUGAAGAUGAAUGCAAAGGAAGAAAGAAAAGAACUGUCAGAACAAAACUGGAUUGAAAAGCCUGACCAUGGAAAUGACUGGACUGAUACAACAAUCAGUUCUAUACAGAUCUUGGAAACACAGCAAAAAAUAGACCAUCACUAUUGCAGAAGAAAUUUACAAUGUGGGUCUGGAAAUUAUAGUUACAUUGUUCCCCUUAACAAACAUACACCACUCAAGGUAAAAAUCUCACUGGAAAUCAAUACAACAGAACCAUUGAUUGUCUUUCAAUGCAAAAUCACAUUUGGAAAACCUUGCUUGUAUUAUCCACCACCCCAUCAUAAGAGUGGAUCCUUUCAAGAAACCACACAGGGCUUCCAGCACCUUUGGGUUCUUCCUGUGGCUUCCUUAUAUGAGAGUGCAUACCAUUUUCGUGUUGCUGUUCCUGACUUUGCUGACUGUUCAACUGAUCCUAACUAUGCUGGGAUAUUUUUCACGGACUAUUACUUCUAUUUUUACCGCAACUGUUUCUGAAAGGACAGUUUGAACUCUUUUUGAAAGAGGAAGGAGGGAAGAGAAAAUCUCUUGGUACUGCAUAGAUUUUUGUUUGUUACCACGGGUAUAGUCUAGUCCUUCUGUUGGGACAGAUGCCGUAUUGCCUUCUCUUCUGUGCUGGAACUGGUUGUAGUUCCAGGCCUCUUCAAGACUUUGUUUGGUGCUGAACACUGACACAUGCUACUGCUAUAGCAUAAGUUUUAUUAGUGUUAAAUGAUGCAGCAAAUGGUACACAGUGGAAUAACUGUCCAGCCUUUUUACUGAUAGGGUACAGGAUCUCCUGAAAGCCAUUGGCAGACCUGGGCCCCUAAGAAGUGAAUUCUAUCCAGACUAUUCCUAGCCAAUAAUCAAAUUCUCCAUCACUGGCUAUUUGGUACUUCUGGACUGGUGUGUACCCCUUCCAGGGGGGAGGCUGAUAAGAGAUGGAUUCCCAAGAAUUAUACAGUGCAGAAGCAAACAAAGUGCACAACGUGAACCAACUCUUCCCCCCCAACCAUAGCUGUGAGAAUUAUGCAAACAAGUUAAUAAGAGAGGUUAAUUCACUACCCAGUCUGCUUUCAGGCUUCGUAUCUUCUCCCAGCUUCAAAAUGGUAAGCAAAUACAAACAAGUAUGAAAGUCACUAGUACAAAUUAUCCUUUUUCAUAACACUGGAAGGCUGGCCAUAAUGCUAAAAAGGACGCUAUAAUCCAUCUGCCUAUAUCUAAUCUGCCCAUCUAAUAAUACCUGUAUAGUGUCCCAACCAGCAGAGGAAUACGAGAUACCUUUAGAUGUUACAGGGAAGUAGCAAACUAGAUGUAGCUGGCUCAGCCUCUGGCAAUCUCUUCGCUUCCCUAGUAACCCCAUCCACUGCUGGUGUUCGUUAUCUUAUUUUUUCUUUCUUUCCUGAUGAGUACAUACUGGAGUUUCAUUUUUAAUAUCUCUAUGUCAGAAAUAAGAGGAACCAAAUAAAAUGGAAGCCAUUGGUGGUUUGUUUGAAAUGUUUAUAAUCACUGCUAGUAACACCAAAUGAUUGUUGACAAAGAGAACAUUUGAGCCAACUUCAAUAUAAGUUGAUUUCAGUCCAUAAGACUCAUUUGGCUUAAAUCCAACUUUCUGUCUGCUCCAGUUUGUGGACUGGGUCAUAAUCAUCUGUUUUAAUGGUGGUAUAGAACAGAGUAAACUGAAUGGAAACAAUCUUAUUUUUCAGAGCCUCUCAACAUGUUUAACUGUCCUCUAACUAAACAGAGACAAUUUGACUUCUAAUGGGAUUUGGACCACAUAUAGGACUCUUGUAAACCCAUGUUAAAUCAGUCUAGAAGAAAAAAAAAUCAUGUCAAUUAAGCAGCAAAACAAUGUCUACUGAUUUAAUCCAUAAAUGUCUACUGAGCGCAUACGCUUGCCCCCCAAAAACCUAGGCUGGGACUCCUCAGCUGAUGCCAUCAGACAAGUUAUUUAAAUAUGACAGGAUGAUUUUGCAGUGGCAUUAAGCAUUGUCAGCUGGCAAUCUGUCAGGCUAUGAGAAUGCACCAGGUGCAUGUUGACUGAUUAUGUCAGGAUGGGAUUUGUGCAAACCCCUGGAUAUUGUUGGAAUGCACCUCCUAGUAUCCCUUGAAAGCAUAGUCAUGAGGAAUGCUGGGAACUGCAGUCCAGCAACAUCUGGAGGACAACCUCUUAUCUCUGUCCAGCUGAGCCUGCUGAUUUCCAUAUAUGCAUGAGCAAACAUUUGAUACUUUUAGUUGAAUAUAAGUGUGUAUGGGAUGUUAGCCUAAGAGGUUGGAUGGAACCAUUAAGGCAUAACCAUGUUGCAACUGUAACCCCAAACAGAACAAAGAAAAGGGAUGUUUUUCCCUUUGGACUAAACCUCCCAGAAUCCUCCAGGUGACAUAUGGGAAUUUUGGCCAUAUAGCUCCCCAAAGUAGCUUUUCCAGACUGUGUACAGAAAACCUAAAUAUUAACAUUAAGGUAUAAUACAAUUUCUGUUCCUAACUAGAGCAGGCAAAUUGAAGCAAUGGAAUUUAACAUGAAUCUUGAUUUACUUUUCAGCAGUUGAUAUAAUAAGUCUCUUUACUAGUCAGGAUUAGAUACUGGAUUUUGGCUUUCACACCAUGAUGUGCACCCAAAACUCCUCCAGAAAGCAUGAGUAGGACAAUGCUGUGAAGUGCAUACUGGUCAGGAACCCAAAUAUUAACAUGAUGCUAAAAAGAAAAAAAAGUUAGGUGCAAAGCAAAAUGGGAAAUCUCCAGAACGAAUAGGUUCCGUAUAGUGGACAGCAGACUGACAAGAAUUCAAGAAAUUAAAGAAACUGGAACUUGACUAGCCAGCAGGAGGCCAGUGAAUCUGUGACUUUCCAGAUGUUGCUGGACUUCAUUUUAUAUCUACCCUAAUUAGUGCAACCAAUGGCUAAAAAGAGAAGUAGCUGGAGUCCAACAAACAUCUAGAAAUUGCCUGCUUUCAGGACAGUGAUGGUACUCCGCUCCAUUCAUGAAAUGUAGUUAUAGUUUGAGCCAACUGGCAACCUGCAGAUAAUUAAACACACAUCAAUCUCACUGCUUUCAGAAGAAACAUACCUGGGUAGACUGCAGCUGAAAUCAACAAGUAUUAUGUAAGUAUUGACAAACUGAAGUUGCUGCUUUGGGUCCCAUCCUGAGAGAAAGGUGGGGAUUAAAUUCAAUUGGAUAGAUAGAUUAGAUUAGAUUAUAAAAGGUGGAUUACAAGUGCUCCAGCAAUAGGACUUCUGAGCAAAGGAUUACCAAAUGUUUUAGGGAUAAAAUAAGGCAACUACAUCUCUUUUGUUAGAGCCAGCAUGGUGUAGUGGUUUGAGUGUUGGACUACAACUCAGGAGACCAGGGUUCAA